CGGGGCGGGCGGGCGGCGCGGAGCGGAGCGCUCGGGAGGACGGGGCGCGGGGCUCCGCGGAGCGCUGCUCCGUCCUGUCGGGCUGCGUGCCGCGUUCGGUUCGUUCCUGCCGCGUGUGUAGCUGAAAUGAGGCUGGGGGAGGGGGCAGGAAAAAAAAAAGAAAAAAAAAAAGCAAAUCGGCUUCCCGUCUUCGGGCCUGCGGGAGGCGGCGUGGGGGGUGUCGGAGGAAGGAAGGAGAGGAAGGUUCUGGGAGGUCUGUGUUCUCCCGUGCGGACGAGCUUUUAAGAAGCGGGAAGAUCACCGAGCAGACCAAACCAGCCCUCCGCUCGUGGGGAUUUGUUAGAGAGAUCCGCGUUUUUGAAUGACAAAACACGGGAAGCGGAGCUGAGGUGCCUUAGUGGGAUUUUUUGCCGGCCUUGCAGUGUCUGAAAAGAGAGUCGUUAUUGGCUCGCCUUGAGAAAAUGGGCCGGUGGGGACUCGUUCGAGCUGCUGCUUUCUUUCGGUUACGUUGCGGCUUUGCAGUAGCGAUGCGUUGCGCUGAGGGCCAGGCUUAGCAGCGAGCCUCGCCUCGGUUAUGCCGCUUUCAUUAGAAAUAAAAGUAGUUCCACAUUCGCAGUAAUACUGCUUUUGGAAAACCACCCCGGGCUGAUUGCAGAGGGAAACCGCACCCCCCGUGACUCAUGGCGUUGGGUUCCAUGAGCGAGGGGGUUUCCACAUCAGGAAUGGAGCCCGGGAGCACUUCCUGCGCCCUUCCCGCACUCACUGGAAGCUUGCCCGUCUGUUUCACACCGCCCCGUGUGCCUUUUUCCUUACGUAAGAAGGGAGCUGUGUCCCUCUGGAGUUGUGUCCGGUUCCUGCCGGUGAGUUGCGCUCAGCCCUGCAGCUCCGUGCCGGGUUCUCUUAAACACAAGUUGCUUCCCCGUGACGGGGUUUGUUCAAUGCUUCGCUGUGCAGAAGAAGGGCUGAUGUCAGCCGAGACGUCCCUUUGUGCCCCCAGCAGGAUGGGCACGGCUCACUCAGCGGUUUAAGCAGGAGGGGAGAUGACAGGAAGCAGCUUGGGCACUGCUCUUCAAAGGCGGGGGGAGGGGAGAAGGAUUGUUUCCAAAUGAUACCGCCUUAAGGCUCAGAAAGCGUGCAGUUCCUCAUUUUUGCACCGGCUCUGUUUUCCUACUCAAGUUACUGCUCCGGCUAUUGCUCAUAGAUCGGGGCUUUAUCAGCGCCUUCCAGCUGUGGGAGGGUUUUGCACAGCCGAUGGGCUCCUUAUCGGGCUGGGCCGGUGCGCUGUCUCCUUGCGGCUGGGAGGACCUGCGGCAGUGAUGCUCUGAUCCUGCGGCAGUGUGUGAGGGAAGGGCUGUGUCGGCUGGCAGCGCAACCUUCCCGUGUCCUGUCCAGCUGGGAGUUCUCAUCUGCUCGUGCUCCUGCUCUUUUUGCAGGAAGGUCUUUGAGAAACUCCAGUAAAGCAUCAGUUGUCAGUAGGUUUCUUUUCAUUGCUGUCCUUCAGUGGUAACUUCCUUCAGUAUUCAAUGCUGAGCUCCAUGUACUGAGGCAGGAGGGCACGGCGCUUUGGGCAGCCCGGUGCGGUCCCAAACACGAGCAUGUAACAUCCUGAGUCCCCUUUUGGUUGUUUAUUGAGGCAAUAAAUAGCAUUCCUUGGCAGUGCCGUAACGACAUACUUUCAAGUUCUUGGAAGCACUGUGCUUCCCUCAGGACUGCACUUAAAAGCAAAUUAAGCAUUUUGUACACACAAGUCAGCGUUAACUUGGAUUCAUAUGCUUUCUGUUAUUCAAAGCUGUUAGAUCGAAGUGCAGUCAUUAAAUUUGUUAAAUCUGCCACUUCUUCCACACACAUAGGGUGCCCUUAUGCCAUCUUUACAACUCCCACCAUUAAUGAAUACACUGAAGGUGUUUCACUUUCUAUUCCUUUUCAACUGGAUUAGCACAGACUGAACUUCCCCUGCAGCGCUGCUUUCCAAUACAAAUUCUGAGCAGAGAGGUUUACUGCAUUCAUUUUCCCCUCUUGUUGUUCUGUGCUUGGUGCCUCUGCUUUGUGAACUCGUGCAGGAGCAAAGCACUGGUUCACUGCAACCACAGUUGUCAUUUGCAUGGUUAAUGUGGUUGCUUGGCCUUGGUAUGCCAGUUCUCCUUCCUGGAAAAAGAAAUGAGAUGACUCACACCCACUGUCCCACUAAUUGCCCGGUGUUUGGGUAGGUAACGAGGCGGGGUGUUUCAGAACAUCUCUGUCAGAGUCACAGAAGCAAAUAUUGUAGUUGGCACAGCUGAUAAUCAGUCAUUCUAAACUGAAACACAAACGAGAUUACCGUUGUGCGCAGUUAAUUGGAUUCUGUUCCUAAAUGAAUUUCUGCCUUGAAAUUACAGCUGAUGGUGUAAUGGAUACAGUGAUGCCUGAGGAAAGGCUGUGCCUCCUUCUGCGAUGAGAAAAGGGAGCAGCAGCCUUCCUGGGAAGCCUCAGCCAGCAGGGACAGGACACUAGAACAUUCUCGUGGACUGGGGUUGUGUUCAUUCCUGAUCUGUGUGCUGCCUUGCAACUUGGUUCUUCUCUGGAACUGAGAAAAUCCACGUUCUUCUGCCCACCCUUGUUUGAAAUGACAGCCUGCUAAGCAUCCCAAAAACUCAGCAGUUCUAACUGUGGAAGGUGCAAUUAUGCUAAUUUGCUGUCUCUCAAUUUAGAUGUUUUUAACCGUAUGCAUCCUCCAUAGGCAUGGUAAAAAACACAGCAACGCUGAGCUGUACUGUUUUUCUCCUCCCUGCAGAGCCCUUUCCAUAUGGCUUGCGUUCAGACACGAGCUUAUCUCACCAAGAGACUGUCAGAGCAAACACAGGUGGGAUGGUAACCCUCAGACAGGGGUUCUGCAGCUCGAGAUGCGAGGAAGGCUGAGGAGGCAUGUCAGGUCCUUCUGGUAUAGACUCAUUAAUGUACCUCAUGUAGACUUUGCUCCAGUCCCAACAAUGUGCUUCCAGCUUCUGUAAUGGGGAUGACAUGAUUCAUGUGUCCAUUCCCCACCAGAGCUGCGUUCUGCGGUUAGCGAAGCCAGUGGGUGUAACCUGGUCUGAACUUCCUCUGAUGGCAGUUUCAGGGUGUUUGGCAAGUCAAACAUCAAGCUGCAAUGCAUUUAUGGUCUGUAGGAGCAGGGAUUUCAUAGAGCUUACGGGCAGCUUUGGUGCUGAAGGUCCGUGGGUUUGCCUGCAGCAGUGUUGGCCCUGCUGGAACACAGUUCUCAUGGCACUUCAGCCAGCAGACCUGGGCAAAAAUUGCAUUCAUGGCAGCAGCUCACGCUACAGUGACUUCCUUUACAACAGGGCUUACAAAUGGCAAUUUCAGGGAUUCGAGUGGCUGAAAAGUUUUAAAAUGUUACUGGAGUUGAACCUUGAAUAUUUUCUAAGGCCUUAAAUGCGUUCAGAGCAUUUCGCACUUCCUUCUGGUUCUUGUGCAUGGUUGAGGUCUCCUAUAUGAAAAAGGGCUGCCUUGAGAAUUAUCUGUGAACCUUUUGGACCCUGGGUUUGGUGGUCCCUUUUUAAGCUGUCACUCAUGUCUCAUUCAGUACCUAGAGGGGGGAAUCGGGUGCUCAUCACCUCUCUCCUUUCAUGUAAACUCAUAUGUGAUGAUCACUGUGCCUUAAAGGUGAGAUGAGUCUGCAGGGUAUGCUGAGGACAUCAUGACAUAGAGCUUUCCAAAUGCAGGAGAAGAGGGGUAAAAGGGGAGCAAGGCAAAGCAAGGUGAUAAGACAAGGCAGGGAGUCCUCUCUUCAUAUUUAAGUUCUAUGGAUCCUAUGGAAAGUCACAGUUUGUACUGCGGCGAUGAAACUGCUGGCAGGCUUGUCUUUUGUCUUCAGCUAAAUUCUUGGCUAAAGUUAGCUUUUAUUAUGUGAGGAGAGAGAAGCAGGAAAUGGCAGUGAAUGAGCUCAAGCUGUUUGUAAGCAUGUGGUUUAUGCAGAGAUGAUGGUAUAUCAUGCAGGAGUCUGAAAACUUGCCUUCAGAGCGGGUCACCAGCAGAGCACUGUGAUCGUGGGCUGCGGCUGCUUCCAUUCCUGCACUGCGAGGUCUGUGUGCAGGAUCCAUGGGUUUUGGAACCCUUGUUGCGAUUGGAGUGAUCGUUUUUGCAGUGAUUGUUAUUACUAUAAUUCUGUGCCUCACGUGCUCGUGUUGCUGCCUAUACAAAGCAUGUCGAAGACCGCAGCCUGUUGUGACCACCACGACUGCCACAACCGUGGUUCAUGCACCGUACCCACAGCCACAGGCAGUGCCACCCAGCUACCCCACAGCUCCAUACCAGGGAUACCAGCCCGUGGCCAUCCAGCCACAGCCGGGGAUGCCGGUCACAUCCUACCCAGCUCAGUAUCCUCCUCCCUAUCCCAUGCAGCCACCAGGACCCCCAGCCUACCAUGAAACAGUGGCAGCUGGUGCUGGAGCACCGUACCCCAUCAGCCAGCCCCCCUACAACCCUGCAUAUGUGGAUCCUCAGAAGCCCACCUACUGAACAGCUCUGCCACCGUGCACCGUGCAGCUGCAGUGUGUUAUCCUGGAAGACAGCAAUCUUUGUCUAAGUAAAGUGAACGUUACCUCCGUAUCUUCUUUGUUUUUAAGCGCUUUCCGUCCUUCUGGCAGAAGUUGUUCAUUUAUACCUCAACUAAAUACAAAGAGAGAUUGUGUUCAGAACGCAGAACGGGUGCUGCAGAUGUAAGAACCACAAUAACAUUUCUUGUGCAAUAAUUCUGAAGUGUGGUAGAAAGGAAUGGUCCUCUGUGAGCUGUGUCAAACACCCAGAGCUGUAGCAAUCUCUUGCACAGUACUGUACCAUAAAAACAUCAUCUCUGAGAAGCUGUGUGACAAAUGUUCUGCUUGUUUUGAGGUUGCUGUGACGAGGUCAGCUCCAACCUAAUACAUUUCAUCCAUUGCUUAAAAGGGAACCUUUCUUGAGACACGUCUGCCUGUGGUGAGAGUAGCGAGCCGUGUUCGGUUUGUUCGGACGAGUUGCAUUAUUCUGUGCUGAGUAGCAUGAGUUCCUUGUUUUAUUUCCCAAUUUUAAGGCUUACAAACUGCCUUUGUUGGGUGUGUUCUCAGGCUGUUUUAGUUGAUAGCUAGAAAUUGACAAUAGAACCAAACCUCCUGCCAUUCCUUAGAACAAACAGGUCAAAAGCUGAAAACCUGGGGGUUCUUCAUUAAAAAUAUUGGACAGAGACUUGGUUUGCUUAAUAGUCAAACGUUGCUGAGUACUUUGGGGGAAAUAAAAUAGCGCCUUAGCCAUACAUGGAGCAGAAAUGACUGUCGGUGGUGUUUUGCCACAGUGAGGGGAUUUAUUUUGCUUUUAUUUGGUUUAUUUGGAAACAAAUCAUGGGUUUCUUUAGUGUCUUCUAUGAUGCUGUUUCUUUCUGCAUUGCAAGGCGUGUUGUUCCUUGGCGGAGCUGCGUGCAGACCAUGCUGUCCCUCCCUGUGAUGUAACGAGUGAAAGAAUUUGGACGUGUCUCGCACACUGACUGUACCUGGGGCAGCCUUCAAACCACUCGUCCUGUGACAUUCGAGGUGUAUUUCUGUUUGGGAAAUUUUGAACUUGAAUAACCAACCAUGUUGUUUUACCUCAUAGGAUGGUGGAAGCUGCUGCUGUCAAAGGCAGCCUUCUUUCUCUAACUGAUUUUUGGGUCUUUUUUCUAGGUUAUUCCAAUUAUUAUUAUUUUUUUUUUAAGUCUUCAGGGCAUUUCAGGACAAACCUGUACCAAGUUUUUUAGCGUCAGUAUUCACAACAAGCCACGUCCCUCUGUCACAGCCCUCUGCUGGAGUUAAUAGCCUGAAGUGGUGCCAAGAGGCACUCGCAGAGCAGGCAUGCCUUAGAUCCACGUGUUCCUCCUCUUUCCUGCCCUGUAGCCAAAAAAUCAGGCAGUGCUUCCUUACACUGCUAGGAGUUCUGUGAGAACACCCAAAAAUGGGCAGUGAUUCCCAUGUGGAGGAUCUGGGAUAUCUGCAUGGGGGAGGGCACUAAGAACUGCAGAAGCAAUCCCUUUUCUGCAGAAGAACUUGCCCACGUGUGUUUGUUCAUGCAGGACAGCAGAAACUCCAGCAGCUUGGUUGGUCGGUGGAUGGAUGGGGGGAGUUGGGAGGAGGUGAGGGAUAGGAGCAUGAAGGAGCAUGAAAACUUUUACACCUUUCCUUCAGCAAACAUAUGCUGCUGAUAACUACGUUCGAGUGAAGAGAGAAAGCACUUCUGCACGUGUUAAUAAUUUAACUGUAGUGUCACUGUUACAAAACUGGAUGAAAGAAGAGAAAAUGGCCCGCUUUCCUCGCUUCAGAACUGGAAGACUUAAUCAGGUUUUGUCUUAAUGUAUAAAUCAAUGUCAACCAUGUGGCGUAGGACCAAAUUUUAUCAUUGUGGUGCAAUCCAAUUUAAUUUUUUUUCUUAUGGUUAAGCAGAUGUGGCAGUUAGAUAAAUGAUGAGAGUCUGGCCCAUACACUGUCUUUCAGGCACUGCUCAUGCUUUAGUCCCAGUAACCAAUGUCUUCACAUGCAACCAGUUACCCACCAUUAAAAUGGGAAUUCCCAUUUUAACCGUUGAGUCCAAUUCUUUUUUAAUUCUGUAAGUGCCUUUGUUUCAGAAAUGUUCUGUGGAAUUAAAUUCAGUACAGUACUCUGUCAUACGGAAUUUACUAGAGAAUCGUUGACUUUAUUACAUACUGUAAACUAGCUUUGUAUGUUUGUAGUUUAAACGUAAGUCUUCAAAAGAAAUGGCAUAAACUCUUUGCACCUUUGUAAUAAAUGCAGUGUUUGAAAUAUAUUCUAUCACUUUUGUUUUCUUA